AUGAGUAAAGUUAAAGGAAUCUUCCCGUUCUUCUUAGCCACGGCUUUAGGCAUUGGUAACGGUAUCUGGGUGUUUGGACCGGCUUUGAAAGAGCAACAAGAAACCAAUUUACAGGCAAAAGCACCAUUCAUGAAUCCAAUUCAAACCCAAGAAAGCGAAGCAGCAAGAAUAGCAGAAGUAGAAGCAAGUCGAGCUGCUACCACACUUGCUUCAUUGAAUCCAAGCAAACCUCCAAAUUCUUCUUGGUGGCAGUCUGCCAAAUCCUGGCUCGGAACCACAAACAAAUGA